CUGACUUCUGAAUCUCUUUUAGAGAGAGAGAGAGAGAGAGAUGAGUUCUUAUUCCCUUGGCGGCAUGGAUGCUCCGGUGAGUUUCUCCCUAGGUGCCAUGGGCCCUCUCCUCAGGAAGCUCGAUUCGCUUCCGGUGGCUCCCGAAAUCCGGCUGCCUGAGCCACUGAAGGACGGAAUCGAGCUCCUCAAGGAAGAUCUAGAAGAAAUCGGUGCCGCCCUCGUGGAGCAGUCCAUGGUAGAUUCCCCAAGCCACAGGGCAAGAUACUGGAUGGAUGAGGUGCGUGACCUCUCCUACCACAUCGAGGACUGCAUCGACACCAUGUUUUCGAUGCGCUGCGGCGGCGACGACGGCAAGCCCAGAUCCGUUCGCCGCCACAAGGUUGGCCGUGUGAAGGUUGACGGUUUCUCCAAGACGCAGAAGCCGUGCACGAGGCUCGCCAGGAUCGCGGAGCUCAGGGCUCUGGUGCGGGAGGCCAGCGAGCGCCACGAAAGGUACCAGCUUGGUGACGGCCGCGCCUCGAGCUCGAGCUCGAGCUCUCACCGCGUGUUCACUGCGCACGGCCAGGUUCCUGCGCCGUGCAGAAAUCUGGUUGGCAUGGACGAACCGAAGACGAAGCUCACCAAUAUGCUCACCGACGAAGCAGAGCUGCAUAUGAAAGUGGUAUGCAUUCUUGGAUCAGCCGGUAUUGGUAAGACCACGCUUGCUGAACAAGUAUACCGUAAACUUAGAUGGCAAUUCGAUUGCCAUGCUUUUGUGCGGGCAUCACGAAAACCUGACAUGAGGAGGCUUCUUGGGGCCAUCCUCUCUCAAGUUCAGCUGCGUAUACGGAUAUCUGAUACCAGCACGGUGCAGAGCCUUAUUGAUAAUCUCUGGGAGUAUCUACAGAAAAAGAGGUAUUUUAUUGUAAUUGAUGAAUUAUAUGAAACAGCAACAUGGGAUAUCAUUACCAGUGCUUUUCCAGAGGAUAAUAAUUGCAGUAGGAUAAUGACUACGGCUGGAAUUGAAGGUGUAGCUCUCGAAUGCUGCAGUUAUCAUUCUGUCAAUAUUUUCAAGAUGAUACCUCUUGGCCUUGAUGAUUCUGCAAAAUUAUUCUUUAAUAGAGUUUUUGGAUCAGAGCAACAAUGUCCUUAUGAAUUGAAUGAAGUUUCAUAUAGGAUUACAGCAAAAUGUGGUGGAUUGCCACUAGCAGUCAUUAUUAUAGCCGGUCUUUUAGCAAGCCUGCCGUGCAAAACAGAGCUGUGGUACAAUAUAGAUGGAUGUUUAUGUUCCAGUGUGACUACAGAUAUUGAUUUGGAUGAGAUACUGAAGGAAAUCAUAAGUCUUGGCUACGACAAUCUUCCACAUUAUUUGAAGACAUGUCUGUUGUAUCUUAGUUUAUAUUCGGAGGGUUUCAUAAUUUGGACGGCUGACUUACUGAAGCAAUGGAUAUCUGAAGGUUUCAUCGCUGUAAUAGAUGGAGAAGACAUAGAGGAAGUCGCUGAGAGCUAUUUCUAUAACCUUGUUAACAGGGGAAUGAUCCAAAGUGUGAAAACUAAGUACAAUAAUCAGGUGUUGUGUACUGUGCACCACACUGUAUUUGAUCUUAUUAUUCACAAGUCCAAAGAAGAGAAAUUUAUCUCCGCAAUAGAUUACUCUCAAACUAUGCCAGGAAAUUCUUUAGAGGCUCGUCGAUUGUCAUUCCACUUUAGCAAUACCAGAUAUGCAACUGAAGUUGCAGGUAUUACACUGUCACAAGUUCGUUCGUUUGCCUUUCUUGGACUUCUGAAGUGUAUGCCUUCUAUUAUGGAAUUUAAGCUUCUUCGGGUUCUAAUUCUUGAAUUUUGGGGAGAUAACCAUGGAUGCAUGAGUUUUAACGUUGCAAGAAUUUGUAGAUUGUUUCAGCUUAGAUAUUUGAAGAUCUCAAGCCAAAUAAUAAUAGAAUUACCAGCCCAGAUCCGGGGGCUAAAAUACUUGGAAACACUUGAAAUAGAUGCAAGAGUAACUGCGAUUCCAUCUGAUAUUAUUCAUCUCCGAAGUUUGUUGCAUCUAUAUUUUCAAGAUGGGAUCGUUCUACCUGAUGGCAUUGGCUGCAUCAGAUCUUUGCGUACACUUAAGUAUUUUGAUCUUGGAAGUAACUCUGAAGAGAAUAUACGGAGUCUUGGUCAGCUGACGAACUUACGGGAUCUUCAUCUCACUUGUUCUGCACCAAAAUCUAAUCAGCAGGCAAAGAGAAACCUCGUAAUUCUAGCCUCUUAUACUGGGAAACUCGGUAACCUCAAAUCUGUCAAAUUUUCUCCUGGUGAUUCAGGCAUGGAUAUUUCCUUUUUGUUUUAUGGAAUUGGUAUUUCGGUUGAUCGUUCCAGAACAGCGUCCUCUCUUCCUUUCUCUGUUAGGACAUUAGAGUUGCCAUCCAUUUGCAUAUUUGCUAGACUUCCUGACUGGAUUGGUCAACUCCGUAAACUCCACACAUUGAAUCUUGCUGUUAGAGAACUGAUAGAAAAUGAUAUUGAUAGUCUUGCAGGACUGCCUGACCUCAUUGUUCUCUCAAUGCAUAUCAUGAAAGCUCCUAUGGAAAGGAUUGUCUUCAACAGAAAAGCAUUUCCAGUUCUCAAGUAUUUCAAGUUUAUAUGUGGCACACUGCGCAUGGCUUUUCAGGCAGGAGCCAUGGCCAAUCUUCACAGGCUCAAGCUAGGUUUCAAUGCCCAUAAAGGGGAGAAGUAUGACAAUAUUCUUGUAGGCAUUGAGCACCUAUUAAACCUCAAGAAGAUUGCUGUUCGAAUUGGAGGAGCUGCUGAAGCCAAGGAGUCUGACAGGAUGGCUGCAGAGGCUGCGUUGAAAGAAGCCAUUAGAAAGCAUCUAAUGUUUCUUGAUGAUCUCGACAUAGCAAGGGUAGAAUGUGUUAAGGAAGAGUAUAAGUGUAUUAAGAAAAAACACAAGAUCAAGAUUGAAGAUUCAAUUAGCGAAAAAAAUGGGGACUCAAAAAAGCAGCAUUCUGUCGAAAAGAAAGCAGUGUGGGGCAAAACUAUGAAGAAUAUUGCUGAUAGUGGCGUGUUUCCUGAAGAUUAUACUAUGUCAAGGGAGCAACGGGUCGCAGAAGGCUUCGUAGUGGGCAUUGAAAAGUGCAGGGCAGAGGAUGCGGCCGAGCGAAUAAUCAGGAAUGUGCCUGUGGACUAUGAUGGGCUUGGCCAGGUGAGCACAUCCAAGAUACAGGACCACUUGCCUGAACUUGCUCCUCGUGCUGUGCAAAACGAGAAGUUCGGCUCUUCAAAUGAUCUUAGCAUAAUGAUACAAAUCAACAAGUAUGCUCGUCUGCCAUCUUAUGAGUGGAGGGACACUGAUAUAUCCAAACUGAAUUUCCGGCUUCUCCGCGCCCCGAUGUUACUUGAAGCUGUAACGGCCCGUUGUCACUUGUUGGACUUAAUCCUCAUUGGUUCAAACAACAUUACUGUUCUUGACCUUGGACGUCCCACAAUCACCAAACUGCCGGCAUCUAUAGAAUGUCUACCUAAUUUACGGUACUUGAGGUUGCAGGGCACGCAACUGAAGUCGCUGUCGGAGGUUAUUGUGAAGAUGCCCACCAUCAGGGGGUUGGACAUCAAGAAUACCAAGACAGAGGAGCUACCACAAGGCAUUUUGAGGAUGAAGAAGUUGAGUCACCUGAGUAUGGGGGAGAAGCAGAAAAAUAUUCAAGUAUUCAUGGAAAAAAUGCAGACUCUGGCUGAGACCGUCCAAGACAGCGAUGACUUGUCCGACGAAACAGAGGGAAUAGCCGACGACGAAGGCGAGUUCUCUACAAGGGCCAACGCGUCAACACCGAAGGUGGAUGAGGACGAGGUGGACCGGAGGGCCAAUAACUUCAUCGCCAGGUUCAGGAAGCAGAUCACGAUCAGGAAUUCAGGAUUCGCCAAAAAGGAGAGCAGCAUCGACGAACGACUGUGGAUACGAGAUCUCGAUGAGUGCCAACUCUCCAAGAGAGGUGGACGAUUUUAAGAAGAAGUUCGACGAGAUCAUUGCCAGGAACAGGCACACAUGGAAGCCAAUCGAGUCACCGCGUUCUGUCAAGCACGGCAAGUAUUUCGUUCGCUGCCCGCCGUCGCUAAUCACCAGCGCUGUCUUUUCCUUUUUCUUUCUUUCUAUUUUUCUAGUAUGGUACUCCCUCCGUUUCAGGAUAUUGUCAGGAAACCCCUAAUCAAUCGCCUUGUGAACACUGGAUGAACUCACGCGAAAGUGGAAGAACACGUAGAACACAAUAGUGUAGACGAACAGACAACAAAAACAGAGUUUUUGGUGCUGCCUGAAUUGCUUGCAGCUUUUCGGGGUUUUUUCUCUCCUUUUAUUGUACAGAACUGAAACAUGCAAAGCUACGCCAAAA